GCCUCUCAAUGUCUGUCAGCUCCUCAAAAACCUUAUUAGCUGACCACAACAGCACCUGCAGGAUAAAAUCCAAAGAAUGAAGUACGCACAAUAUUUUUUCCUGGCCUCAAUCUUUUCCAAUGUUGAAUAUAGCCUGGCUCAGUCCUGUGCAGUGGAGUCUUUCGCUGUGAAGGACAAUUUUGAUCCAAAAAGGUAUGCAGGGAAAUGGUAUGCCCUGGCCAAGAAGGAUCCAGAAGGCCUUUUCCUUCAGGACAACAUCUCUGCUGAAUACACUGUGGAGGAAGAUGGCACAAUGACAGCAUCUUCCAAAGGCCGUGUGAAACUUUUUGGGUUCUGGGUGAUCUGUGCCGACAUGGCUGCUCAGUACACUGUACCUGACCCAGCCACUCCAGCUAAAAUGUACAUGACCUACCAGGGCCUGGCCAGCUACCUCUCCAGUGGUGGGGACAACUACUGGGUGAUUGACACCGACUACGAUAACUAUGCCAUUACCUAUGCCUGCCGCAGUCUGAAGGAGGAUGGCUCCUGUGAUGAUGGCUACUCCCUGAUCUUCUCACGGAACCCCCGGGGCCUGCCCCCUGCCAUUCAGCGCAUUGUGCGCCAGAAGCAGGAAGAGAUCUGCAUGUCUGGCCAGUUCCAGCCUGUGCUUCAGUCAGGGGCCUGCUAGAAGGACACUGCUGAUCCUAUCCUUAAGUACAGACACCAGACCUCUUGGUCUUGAAGUUGCCACUCAGCUAA